GGUUUGUCCCAUUGCUACGGAAUAUCUUACCCUGCGCCGUGGCUCAGAAUCGCUCCUUCAACUGACAACAUGGCGAGUGUUCGCGUUGCCUCCCGACUCCUCUCCAAGAGGGUGUUGUCUAAAACCAAAGCAGUCCCUGCCGCUGCAGUUCAGGGGUCCAGAAACUUCCACUUCUCCAUCUAUGGCAAGAAGAGUAGUGCCAAAGUAGCAGAUGACAUCUCUACUCAGUACCCAGUUGUGGAUCAUGAGUUUGAUGCUGUGGUGGUCGGAGCUGGAGGAGCAGGACUCAGGGCCGCUUUUGGCCUGUCCGAGGCUGGCUUCAACACUGCAUGCAUCACCAAGCUCUUCCCCACCAGGUCUCACACUGUCGCUGCACAGGGUGGGAUCAAUGCAGCUCUGGGGAACAUGGAGGGGGAUGACUGGAGGUGGCAUUUCUACGACACAGUGAAGGGAUCUGAUUGGCUGGGAGACCAGGACGCUAUUCACUACAUGACAGAGCAGGCACCUGCAGCCGUAGUGGAGCUGGAGAACUUCGGCAUGCCGUUCAGCCGCACUGAAGACGGGAAGAUCUACCAGAGGGCUUUUGGAGGUCAGAGUCUCAAAUUUGGGAAAGGAGGCCAGGCCCACCGCUGCUGCUGCGUAGCAGACCGGACGGGACACUCUCUGCUGCACACACUUUAUGGGCGGUCGCUUCGUUACGACACCAGUUACUUUGUGGAGUACUUCGCCCUGGACCUGCUGAUGGAAAAUGGAGAGUGCAAAGGAGUGAUUGCUCUCUGCAUGGAGGACGGAUCUAUUCACCGCUUUAGAGCCCAGAAUACUGUCAUUGCUACUGGGGGUUAUGGAAGAACCUAUUUCAGCUGCACAUCUGCCCACACUAGUACAGGAGAUGGAAAUGCAAUGGUGACCAGAGCUGGCCUGCCCUGCCAGGAUUUGGAGUUUGUACAGUUCCAUCCCACUGGGAUCUACGGUGCUGGCUGUCUGAUCACAGAGGGUUGCCGUGGUGAGGGAGGGAUCCUGAUCAACAGUGAGGGAGAGCGCUUCAUGGAGCGCUACGCACCCAAUGCCAAAGACCUGGCCUCCAGAGACGUGGUGUCCCGCUCCAUGACCAUUGAGAUCAGAGAGGGCAGGGGUGUCGGUCCAGAGAAGGACCACGUGCACCUGCAGCUUCACCACCUGCCUCCCCAGCAGCUGGCCACAAGGCUGCCUGGUAUCUCCGAGACGGCCAUGAUCUUUGCUGGAGUCGACGUCACCAAAGAACCCAUCCCUGUCCUGCCCACCGUCCAUUACAACAUGGGUGGAAUACCCACAAACUACAAGGGACAGGUAAUAACUCAUGCCGAGGGAAACGACAAGGUAGUUCCUGGGCUGUAUGCCUGCGGCGAGUCGGCGUGCGCUAGUGUCCACGGUGCUAACCGGCUGGGAGCUAACUCUCUGCUGGACCUGGUGGUGUUCGGCAGAGCCUGCGCCCUCACCAUCGCCGAGGAGCACAAACCCGGAGAGAAACUGUCCCCUCUGACGCCCAGUGCAGGAGAGGAGUCUGUUGCCAACCUGGACAAGUUGAGGUUUGCCAACGGAAGCCUGAGAACCUCAGAGAUCCGGCUCAACAUGCAGAAGACCAUGCAGGCGCACGCCGCGGUGUUCCGUACCGGCUCCGUUCUGAAGGAGGGAUGCGACAAGAUGGACGCCAUUUACGAGACCUUGGACGACAUCAAGACCUUUGACCGAGGCAUUGUGUGGAACACCGACCUGGUGGAAAGUUUGGAGCUGCAGAAUCUGAUGCUGAACGCCGUCCAGACCAUCCACUCUGCUGAGCAGAGAAAGGAGAGCCGGGGGGCCCACGCCAGAGAGGACUUCAAGGACCGUAUCGAUGAGUUCGACUACUCGAAGCCCCUGCAGGGGCAGGAGGAGGUGCCCUACGAGCAGCACUGGAGGAAACACACCAUGUCCUACGUUGACCCUAAGACUGGAAAGGUGACCCUGGAGUACCGCCCUGUUAUUGACCACUCUUUGGACGAGCAGGCCUGCGCCCACGUCCCUCCUGCCAUCCGCUCCUACUAAGAAGAGCUCCUUUCCUCUGACCCCUUCCAAGCAAUUCUUUCAUUUAUAUGCUAUUUAUGAUGAUGAUAUCGGGUACGAGCUAUACUUCUGGUGGCUCGUGUAUUCACUUAAGAUGGUUAAAUACAAAACUGUCUCGUCUUCAAACUCCAUCCCUUUUGUCUCACCUUCCUUGCUCCCCUGUGUGUUUUCUGCCUCGAUUUUUAAUCUGCGUGCAGCGGGUAUAUGUCGACAUGGAUCUUGUGUAUAUAUUAUGAGGCACUCGCGACUUUUCAGCCUCCAGCUUCAGGACAAGAAUAUUUAUCAUGGCGCACAACCUAAGUUUGGCUUUCUGUGAUGACCCCCAUACUCUGACUUUCAAAUCUCGUGUUGCAUUCUUCAAUUACAACUUCUCUCCUUUUCUAAAGUGAAGAGAUUGUGGAAAUUUAUUGUGAUUUUUUUUUUUUUUUUUAAAAGCUCCAAGCCACAGAGGGAAGUUUUAAGUCUGUAAAUAUUGCUUAAAUAUACAAUAAACAUAACGAGUUAUACUUGAUGUACUUGUUGAAGUAUGAGGUAGUCUGUCCUCACUCGGUAUGGCCUUCAGUUUGUGUAAUACUUCAUGCGUGUGGUCCAAACUACCAAGUACAUCUAUUUUUAUGAGCACUACAAUAAUCAGCUUAUCUGUAGUUCUUAACGCCUAAAGUUAACCGAAUAAAGCAGCUUAAUGAGUGUCUGUAUUUUACCAAAAUAUGGUGUUGCAUCUGUUGGUACAAUGGCUUCUUUGUGUUGCCUCUGAAAACACACGCUUCAGUUCGGGUCAAUGUUGGACACACAAAUGUUUUCUUGGUUGCUGUUCUUCCAAAAGUAAGAAUUGUUCUGCUGCACCAGCUCCAAAUGCUUCAAGAGCACUUGAGAUAAGGGUUUCCAUUAUCUACAAGUGUGGAAUUAAUGGGAAAUAACUGUAACUGUAACUCCACAAAUGACUUUGAAGGAUGCACUCUUGACACAUUGUACUGUAUUUAACUGCUGAAAGGGAGAGUUCAAUUAUUUUACUGUUUUUAAAAAAAAAAGGUUUGACUUCCUUUUCCAUUUGUUCUUAUUUGCAUUUGUUCAAUAAAGCAUAGAAACAAGA